GUUCGGAUGCCCCCACUCGGACGCUCGGUUCGUUAAGAGACGCUUUGCAACCGGGCGCCGACUCACUUUUCAAACGGAACAACAUCAUUUUACUCUUUACUCCGUCUCGUAAAGAAUUUCGGAAAGUUUGUGCCAAAGCUGUGCGUCGGUACCGAAUCCGAGAGAACAAACAACCCCGAACGGAACAACAUAAAGUGCAUCAUCCAAUGGCUUCCAUGUCGACGGUGCGAUUAACUAAAGGCGAUUCGCCCAAUUGGGGGUUCCGAUUGCAGGGCGGGAAGGACUUUGGCACCCCUUUGGUCAUCCAGAAAGUAAAUGGUGGUUCUCCAGCUGAAAGAGCUGGCUUGAUAGCUGGCGAUGCCGUCAUCAAAAUCAACAACGUCGACGUCUACAAUCUACUGCACAAAGAAGCCCAGGACGUCAUAGUAAGAGCCGGAUCCAGCUUCGAGAUGGUGAUUCAAAGAGGCGGCUCAACGUGGAAGCCGUCAGUUAUCCCAACGGGAACGUACUCAAAGCCAUCGCCGUCCAUCAACAACGUGAGUCCGGUGACGAAGACUUCGCUGGCCGCACAAAAGGGUGAGAACAUUGGCGCUAUUGGAACCGGACAUAAUUUGGCUGCUAAGCCGUUUAGUCCACAAGUAAAUGGUGCUGUAAACGGAGCGCCCCCUAAACUGGUAAACAAACAGUACAACAGCCCCUUGAAGCUCUACUCCGAAGACGCGAUUGCUGAGACUAUUUCGGCGCAGAGUGAAGUUUUAUCCACCGGAGCUUUAGGUGUUAACUUCAAGAAAAACGAAAAAGACUACGAUGCUACCAACAGCGCGGUUUAUCGCAUGCUCAAGGAAGCUGAAAAUGAUGCUCCAUCAAAUGAACCAGUAACGCGGUCCGAAUACUACGCUACUCACAGUCACGCUAUCGGCUCAGCAAAGAGUCCGUCGCAAGUGGCUUCUGAGCGCCUGGUUUCGCAACAAGAGCCCGUUUCUGAGAGCGCGACAAUUUGCACUGAUUGCGAAAGGGUCAUUAUAGGCGUCUUUGUGCGCAUCAAAGACAAGAAUCUUCACGUCGAGUGCUUCAAGUGUGCCACUUGCGGAUCUUCUUUGAAGAACGUCGGCUACUACAACAUCAACAACAAGCUCUACUGCGACAUUCACGCAAAGUCUGCUGCGAUUGCCAUCAACAAUCCUGCAGCUGUUCCAAUUAUUCCUGCAGGCGUGAAAGCCCCAGUGAGCGCAAUCUCUUCGGCUUUGUCUGGUCAUUCGUUGCCAUCCCCAUCGCCACUUUCGCCCAAAACCCCUAGCUUUGCCCCAUCCUAUCCGCCGCCCCAAGAGCGACCGGAUUUAGGAUCGGUUGUUGGUGAUGUCGCGCCUCAAACACCAAACCAAACUCACGAUUCUAAUCCUAAAUCAUCUAGUAACAGUUCUCUCUAUAACCCGUCUGCGCCUGUAUCGUUUAGCAAAUUUAUUAACAAGCCCUCGACCUUUGGAGGCCCCAAGCCCUUCUCGAGCGUCAGCGCGCCUCUUUCACCUGGAGGCGCUUUGAAUAGGGGCGCCCCCUUAUCGCCUGCCAGCAACUUCAACAAGGCGCCCUUGUCUCCUCCCAUUGGUCAUUCCAAGAGCCCCUACAGUCCAGCACCCUCUGGUCGCACCACCAAUAUAAUUUGGCCGCCACCGCAAGACUCAGAGCUUGCAACCGCUUGCCCGCUCUUUUAUCCGCCGCCUUCCAGAGUGGAGGCUGAACUUGAGAAGAAACUCGCCGAUAAGCGGAAAACUCAGUUCGAGAGUGACUAUUUUGCCGAAGACAAUCUGGAUGAGACCAUGUCGUUCUACUCAGAGGAAAUGUCGUUUACUGGGCGCAGAAGUGCGGCCGAAUGUGUGGAGAUUUUGUCCGAAACGCUUGACACUCAGAAGAUGAUCGAGACUGCGCUAAAAGCUACUCCCCACUUUGCUUCCUCCGAUUGUUGCCAGAACAAGGAGUUUUGCGACCUCAAAAGACCCACGGAGUAUCAGCCGAAUACUGUGGAAAGCCAGCUCCAGCCCAAAGUGGAAAACGCUGUCCCUCAAAAAUGGGAGUCCUCCCUAACUCAGGCUGUGCGCACCACAGCCCCAGACUCAGACACUUUCUGCAGAAUCCCCUCCAGGACUUCUGCAAGUCCCAUGGCUUCGGCCCUAUCCAUUGCUCCCGCUCAGCCUUUUACACCUUUACCACACUCCAAUUUGGAUCCAGUGCCUCUGCCAGAGGAAACCGAGCCCUACUUUCCUCCCGAGCACCCAAUCAUCCCCGCCAAGGUAGAUGAGGCGGAGAAAAAGGAGGAAAAGAAACGGGGCCCAAUACCAAAACCCUACAGCCCCUUUGUGAAGGCCCUGGAAAUCGCCCCCGAUCGGCCCUUUACACCAGUUGGAGGAGGCGAAAAGACGCCACUACCUCCAGUGAAAAAGAAACCCAAAGACCCUCUGGAUCAGCUACUGGAUGAGCUGCCGAAGGCAAAUGAGCGGCUGGAUAUGCGCACGGCGCUCACCACUGCUCCUGAGCGGCCCUACACGCCUCUUAUAGGGGAGCAGGAGAGUAGCCCUCAACCCAAGAAGGCGCAGCUGGAGAAACAUGUGAAGCCCGAAGAGCUCCCAGCCUCCUUUCGGAUGAAUGCGCAAGAGCCCAAGCCGCCCAGCUACUACGCCCCGGCUGUGUUAGAGGAAAGGAUUCAAUCUAGUAUUCAGGAAAGUUCCGCGGCCUCUGAGCGGAUGGUUGUGGAAAAGGAGACCAUCCAGCCGGCUCAGGUUACUCAUCAGGUGGUGGCUCAGGAAGUUGCGCACGAAUCAGCCACGAGCUUCGCUCCGAUCUUCCAAGGUUUCACCUGCUCGUUCAAGAACAAAACUGAUCACUCUCAGUUUUCCGUUGAAGUCUCCACCACUCCCCCAGUGCCCACGCCUCCGCCCAAGCCUCAAACGCCCAUUUCGUACAUUGCCACUGUAGAGGAAAAGCCUGCUUGCAUCAGACGCGAGACCAUCAUCCAGGAAAAGAGGGAUCAGAAGAGCAAGCACGUGGAGCAAGUGGUUCAGCGGAAGGAGACCAUCCAGAGGCAGGCAGAAGAGGUGAUCCAGGUGAAGCCGGCGCAGGUGAACGCGAUGCUUCACAAGCCACAGUCCUUGCCUGGAUACCAGAAGGACUUGCAGGCAACCGCCGAGGCAGAUUUGAUUCUUAUGGAGCGAAAGAGGCGGGCAGAGGAACGAAUUGAGGAGCAAAGGAGGCAGGCGGCAACCAAGCCCAUUAUCACCAUUGAGCCUAGUGAAGGGAGUGGUGACCACCAGAGCGCGCCAGCCGCUCAGUUUAAUGCGGGUUUGGACAGUUCUUCGAGAGGGAUUUCUCCACGCCCCCGAUCAAUUACACCUAGUAUGAUCAGCAAGGCCCCGCCCCUGCUUCCCUACUACCAGGACAAUCUGGUGCCCCACUUCCAGUCUGCCUUGGAAACCAACGUUUUCGACCCGGCGCAUCCGGAAAUAUCGCGAUCCCCUAGCCCCCACCCAGGUAAAGAGGCGGUGCGCAGCCGCAGCCCUUCUCCUUUCCCGGGAGGCAUGCAGGAGCGCAGCAAGUCGCCCGCUGAAGGCCCCCCUCCUAAUCCGCUGCACUCCUCUAAACCACUGCCCACUCCGCAGGACUCACGCAUUAGGCAGGCGAAGGAAAGCCUACAGUCCUACCUCCCGGAGUACAAGAGCAAGCGCGACUUGGUAGAGCAGCAACACGGAGUGGAGAUUUCCCAGAGAAACGGCCAUGUGAGCCAAAAUGUGGCAUAUCCAGCCGACGGGGAAUUUGGGGUGAGGACUGGCAAUGUGCAGCAGGUGCAGCAGCUGUUGCAAGUGCAACAGGAUGGGGAGCGAUUCGAAACCAACACCAAAGAACAGGGCGGUGUGGUGGCUAAAACCAGCAUUCACCAAAAGAGCCAUGAGGAGCAGCUUUCCGCCUCCAAUAAAACCCAGAGUCAAACCACUGAGGUUUCUGCCGAUGGGAUGACGCAUGUUCAGAGGCGCAAAGUGGUCACAGAGGAGUACGAGCACAGCCACAAAGAGAACAACCUGCAGAUCGAAAAGUCGAUCACAACCACCACCAAACACCCGUUUGCCCGGGUGAACGCCCCAGUUGUGGAUCCUCCAAACAGCCAGUCCUUCCACAUAACCAAUCCCCAUCACGUGUCGAAGGAGAGUUCCAGACUGGAUACCCAGGCGACUUUGCAUCAGGCCUCGCAACGAUUGAGCGCCCAAGCUCAAGUUCAGCCUCCCCAAUCGGCUCCCGCUCCUCCCAUUCGAAAAGUGUUUGCGCCCGGUUCUUUAGCGCCCAUCAAGCAUGUAGCUGCGCCCAGUGCUUGUGUGCAACCAUCCAGUGAAAACGUCACCAAACCCAAUGUUCCUAAUCCCGAUGUAGGUGCUGGUGCUGGUCGGCAAGCGGGCGGAGUGACCGCCACCCCCAAACGGGGCCGGGGAUUGGUCAAUGCUGCGGCGUUGCCAGGUUCCAGGGUUCCUUUAUGUGGACAUUGUCACGGUCAAAUCAGGGGACCGUUCAUAACAGCCCUGGGCAAAAUCUGGUGUCCUCAGCACUUCACCUGCAACACCCCGUCCUGCAAGCGCCCUCUGCAGGAUCUCGGAUUUGUGGAGGAACAAGGACAGCUCUACUGCGAAUAUUGUUUUGAGCAGUACCUGGCUCCGCCCUGUUCCAAAUGCAACGGGAAAAUCAAGGGAGACUGUUUGAGAGCCAUCGGCAAGAACUUCCACCCGGAAUGCUUCAACUGCGUCUACUGCGGUAAACUCUUCGGAAACAACCCGUUCUUCUUGGAAGACGGCAAUCCCUACUGUGACGCUGAUUGGAACGAACUCUUCACUACGAAAUGCUUCGCCUGUGGCUUCCCAGUGGAGGCCGGCGAUCGUUGGGUGGAAGCCUUGAACAACAACUAUCAUAGCCAGUGCUUCAACUGCACGAUGUGCAAGAAGAACUUGGAAGGGCAGAGCUUCUUCGCUAAGGGUGGACGCCCGUUCUGCAAAACCCACGCACGCUAGAUUAGAAUCUACUAAAAAACACGCUUUCUUGAACGCUUCUGAACCAUCUAAUCAAUACUGUUAGGUUGUCGGUAGGCAAAGGCAAAAUCUCUUCUCACACAAGCCUUGAUUGAUUAUAUCUAUAACCAGUGACGUUCGUUUGUCCUGUUGCUCUUUGUUCUGUUGUGAAUUAUGUAAAGUUUCUUUUAUUUUCUUAGCUAAUUAAGUAAUGUAAUCGUCUUGUAGAUAUGUCGAUAAGUUGUCGUUUUUGUCAAUCCAUCAUUGUCGAUGUACAAUAUUUUAAGUGCCAUUUUGAAGGGAAAUUAGGGUAGGAGGAUUGUUUGAUGGAGUCAUGUAAAGGUACCACUAUGUAUAAAGCUGUAAUGUUAGUUAAUAAAUCAAGUACACUCA